AUGUGGAUUCUCCACGGCAACGUAACUGAACGCGGAGACAUCGGCGGGGGUCCUGGGAAGAGUUCUCUUUUCUUCUUGACAGCCUAUCACCCUGAAAUCGGUUUGUCCGGAGCUAGGGUUCCACGGCUGGCAGAGCCCUGCACCUUUGCAGGGUCCGGUGCGCCCCCGACGAUCCUUGAAAAUCCGCGGGAAGGAAUAGUUUUCACGCCAGGUCGUACUCAUAACCGCAGCAGGUCUCCAAGGAUUGGCUCUAAGGGUCGGGCUCGCUGGGCCUUGGGGGAAACCUCUCGGAGCAGGGGGGCACUAGCCGGGCAACCGGCCGGCGCCCCCCAGCACCGGGGUGGGGACGCCCUUGGCAGGCUUCGGCCGUCCGGCGGGCGCUUAACGACCAACUUAGAACUGGUACGGACAAGGGGAAUCUGA